UGUAUCGUAUGAACAGAAGUAUCCAGGAGCACCAUGGGGUGUGUGACUGCAGCUGGAAGGUGUUUCAGGAAAAUCAGAGACUUUGCAAGACCCGCGGUUCAGCUUCCGCAGGGAGGGCUGACAGUGAAAGACGUGCCCCUUGUUUAUUAUACCCAGACUCGCUUGGCCAGUGACGUGACUGGGGCCAAAUGUGAUAAACUGACUGUCAGAACUCAGAAGGAUGGGAUCAGGACCAUCAUCCUGAAUAACCCAAAGAAGCGAAACGCUCUAUCACUGACCAUGUUAGAAUCUCUGCGCAGUGACCUCCUCCAUGAAACAGAAAGCAAUGACCUCCGAGUUAUCGUGAUUUCAGCUGAAGGGCCUGUAUUUUCAUCUGGCCAUGAUCUCAAGGAACUAACCUCUGCUAAAGGAUGGGAUCACCAUGCUGAGGUCUUUGCAGUCUGCACUGAAGUUAUGACUCUGCUUCAGGAUAUUCCGGUGCCAGUUAUCGCGAAAGUUAAUGGUUUAGCCACAGCUGCUGGCUGCCAGCUCGUUGCCAGUUGCGACAUUGCGGUGGUGUCGGACAAGUCAAGGUUUGCCACUCCGGGAGUCAACGUUGGGCUGUUCUGUUCCACACCGGCUGUUGCAGUGGGGCGAUGUCUUCCUCAAAAGGUUACUUUAGAAAUGCUGUUUACUGGAGAGCCUAUUUCUGCGCACGAUGCGCUGCUGCACGGGCUGGUUAGCAGAGUGGUGCCUGAAGACAAGCUGGACGAAGUGACCAUGAAAAUUGCCAGCAAGAUCUGUGAAACAAGCCGAUCUGUUGUCGCGCUGGGGAAAGCCACAUUUUACAAACAAAUGGUGCAGAAGCGAAACGAGGCAUAUCAAAUUGCUGCACAGGCCAUGGUGGACAACCUGGCACUGAAGGACGGUCAGGAGGGAAUCCAGUCCUUUGUUCAGAAGAGGAAACCUGUUUGGACACAUUCCACAGAGAAGGUACCUCAUGUAAGGGUCUCAGUCUAGUUUCCUAUGGAUUAAAGAUCAAAAAUUUCAGAACCAAAGUAUAAUCCUGGAGAUGUUAAUGAUUCAAUUGAAAAUGUAUACUG